AUGGAGGAGGGGGAGAAAAAAAAAGAAGAAGAAGAAGAAGAAGAAGAAAUGCGCAGGAAGGCGCGUCUGCGACGAGAAGACUUCGAAUAUGGAGCUGUGGUUCAUAUAUCGAGAAAUAUCUUACAAAUUCAUUGAACGUGACCACAGCCUCCAUUGUGAACGUUUGGGAAACAAAAGACGUCGAUAUGCGUCGUAAACAUGGACUUACGCGGGAUUUUUCACUUCUGCAUUGCGGAUAUUCAGGAUUAGUAGAUAGCAGUAGAUUAGUAGUAAAAAUGCAAGAAGAGUGCGACUUCCAAACCAUUUUGGAGAAGAAACUCUCGACUGAGGGCAGACUCGACGCUCCAGCAAGUAGUACUAAUUUGUCUGAAAUAGAAAUUAAAAAACCGAUACCAAAAGAUUCAUCGGUGGAUUUCGAAAUCUUAUCCGCCUCAGACAUUCUCACGAGAACGAGCCUCGAAUCACAGAACGGAAGCGUCUCGGACGACCAAGCGAACAAAUCAACCCUCGAAUGCAUACCGGAAGUCGACAACGAGGACGACUGUAACUGGCUGUCGUACGUCGACUGUAACACGAUCUUCGACGCAACUUGCGAAAAUCUGUCUUACUACAACUCGACGAAAGCUGAGAAAGACAGCGACAGCGACAUGGACGACACAUUGAUCUUCGACGAUGCUGAGGAAGGCGAGCCGAUAACUCUGGACGAGAAUGACAGCUUUUGCAUGAACUCUGACUGUCAGCGAUCGUUCGAAGAUGCUUGCUCGAGGAAGCUCGACAAUCUCGAUGAAACGGCAAACAACAAUCUCAUCGCUGUCUCCGAUAAAGUUUCGUUGCUCGAGAUAAAUCGCGAUCCAGGUAUCUCUGGAAAUGAUAAAAAUGAGAAUAAUACCGACUGCGGUUCAGAAGUGAUACAGACUAAGAAAGAAGGAGGGAAAAUAGAGGAGGUUGAAGAGAGCAUCGAAGAUAAUUUCAUCGACAUCAAAGAACUGAAAAACGAGGAGGAGAAAAUGUCGGACAGUUUCGAUUUCUCGAGCGACUCGGACGACGAACAUGAGAGAAAUCUGGUUUACUCUUCGCCCAAUGUGAAUAUCUCUGCAUACUUCAAGUUCAGAGACAGCAUGAAGAAACCUGAGUUUGAAGCAACCUUGGAGAAAGGAAGUUUAGUUUCGAAUAAAGAGAUUAAAGGAUCGUUGAUUCUGGAAGAAAUUGACGAGGAAGAAUCUAUCGAGAAAGAUGAACGGACAACGACGAACGAAAAUGAAACGAAAGAUCUAUCUACAAAAGAAGCAAGAGCCGAAGAAAACUUGACAGGAAAUGCUUGCUCCGACCAACAAGGGAAAGAAACAAAGUUCGUGGAAUUAAAUUCUCCGGAAGAGUAUUUGGAAAAAUUGGCGGAAAUCACGGGACCAGAUUGUCCAAAGACCGAGGAAGAGGUCGAAGAGAAACUGAAAAGGAUCGCCGAAAGUAAAGCAAUGAUCGAAAAUAGAAAGAAUGAGGCUUUGAAGAACUUGUCGAUGGAAUUUAACGAGUUCGAGAAGCUCAUUGCGGAAACAAAAUCUGCUGAACAAUACAACAGUGACUCCGACGAGAGUCUGGACGAAUCGAAAGAAAGAGAUGACAUCGAGUUGCCUUUGACCAAGGACCAAGUUGCUGAGAGCUUUAAAAUUAACAAUGCUCGGAAGGACACGGAGGAAGAGGAGAAACGUCGUGCAGAAUCGUUGAAAGAAUGUUUUCAAGUUAUUGCAAAAAAUGAAGAAGAAUUCGUUGGAAACGAGGUUGAAGGGAAAAAUGAAACAGAAAAUAGGACGAGUGAGACUUUGAUUCAGAGGGAUUUAGGAUUCAGCGAAUUCAACGAGAUUGAGAAACUUUUCAUGGAAACGAAGGGUAUUGAAAGUAGUAAAAAUUUGAACGAUGGUAUUGAGAUUCCUUUGAUCGAACAAGAUAAAGUAGUUGAAAGUUCUCGAUUUGAAAAUAACAAAAUCGAAACUAAUGACACUGUUUAUAAGUCAGAAAUUUCGAAAGAAACCAGUGAUACAAAAUCGGCGUCAGAAACAGUGAUCAAAGGAAUCGUGCAGGACAUUAUGGAAGACACGGAAGACUCGAUUUUUUGGCAAUAUUACAAACAACAAGAGAGAACGUACAUUAAAGGGAAAGUUUAUGAUUUCGAUCCAAAGAAACACGGUGUCAGAGAAGUACACAGGCCUGAAGUGUCUAUGGCUGGAGAACAACGGUAUCCGUGAGAUCUCGAACCUGGAGAAUCAGAGGGAAUUAAAGUGUCUGUAUCUUCACAACAAUUUGAUCAGCAAAAUCGAGAAUCUCGAGUGGCUGACGAAAUUGGACACGUUGAACCUCUCGUACAACACUAUACGGAGGAUCGAGAAUCUCGAUAGCCUCAAGUUCCUGAAUACUCUAAACCUGUCGCACAACUACUUACAAGAUACCGGUGACAUUGAGCAUCUCCGACUGCUGGACAGCCUCUCGGUACUGGAUAUUUCUCACAACAGGAUAGACACCGACGAAGUCGUUAAUAUUCUAGGUGACAUGAAAGAACUACGUGUGGUAUCUUUGAUGGGCAACCCGAUUUUAAAGAAGAUCCGAUUGUAUCGUAAAACUAUGAUCCUGAAAUGUAAAAACCUCAAGUACCUAGAUGACAGGCCAGUAUUCCCAAGAGAUCGUGCCUGUGCAGAAGCUUGGAAGCUGUGCAAACCGGUCGGGACGUCCGAAAAGGAGGCUGAGGAUAAGAAGAAGACGAAUAAGGAGGACGAAGAAGAAGCCACGACGACCACGCUUGUCUGCACGAGCAACGAACUGCUCAACCUGGAGAGGAAGAAAAAGUCGGGCAGAUCCUCAUCCUCCGGCAGCUCCUCCGCGUCCUCGUCAUCGGACGAAGAAGUGGUGGAGAACGCCGGGCAGGAGGAUGAUGGAACAGGGCAAAAAGCAAUCGAGAAAAGUGACGGAAGGAGGCCAAUGGCGGAGGAUGAAAGAAAAGCCCUCGGCGAUCUUGGCGAGGAGAUUUCGUUACCCUGGAAAACACAGAUCACGGCACAUAAGAAGCCCAAACAAUUAAUAGAAGAGAUGCAAGAGACGAAAGAAUACGUGGCAAUUGACACAGAACGGAAAAUGUUCGGGACGAAAAUUUUGGACGUACAACGAGGUAGCGACGAUCCACCAGGUGGUUGUUCCGUUGGAAGAGAACUGGCCCAUUACGAGAAACUUGUCCUGGAGACGACCAAUGAGACCGAAAUUACUCCACCGUGCUGUAAGCAGGGGAAGAACGACGAUAGUAAAUUGCACGCCAAUUCCAAAUAUGAUUACCGCGACAAGAAACACUCGGAUGAAACAAGCAAAACGUUCCAAACACGCUCCUCUUACAUGAACCCUCGUGCACAUGAAGAUAAAUUGUUUAGGAAUUCGUCAGUUUCUUGCAACAUUUCGGACUCCGCGAAUAACAGGAACAAGAAGGGAAAGAGUGUCGUGAAGAACACAAACGAUAAACCUGCCUCUACAGAUAUUCUGGACAAUUAUCGUAGAAAAAACGAACCACACCCUUUAACCAGUCAAUUGAGUAGCAUCAGAGAAGACAUGAAAGAAUUUUGCGCUGACGUGAAUAAAUUCAUGGAAGACAACAAGAUGGUUCUGAAGAAUGGAGACCUGAAAGAGAAGACCAACGUUGAAAUCAAAUCUGACGACGAGGGAGGACACAAAGAGUCGUCGGAAAUCAAAGAGAAAGGCUUCAAAUGGUGGGACACGAAAGAAAGAAAAUUAAAGGUGAAAGAAAUACUGAGGAAGAGAGAAGAGGAGAGUCAAAAAUCAAAGGAUACUAAAAACAUCGAGAUGAUUGAGAAAGCUUCAAAUAAGGAAGAUUCUAAAGAAAGGAAGGAAACUUCCUCUUCACAAGGUGUUUACGAUUUAUUGAACCUCAAAACCUGUCCUACGAUUUUAUUGAGCGAUAUAAAACCUUACCCUGAAAAUGAAGACGCUCCGCUUUUACGUGAAUCCGCCAAGAAAGAAGUCAACGACGAAGAUCGUUCCUCGGGUUUGUUCAAUUCUUUGUUCAACGAGAUGAACCGUAGAAACGAUACUGGUGAGCAAUUUGAGAAAACUUUAAAGUCGAUUAGCACUAAAUUGUUAGAUUUAGAAGAAAAAGAGGAAACUGUUGAAGAGCCAGCAGGUUGCUCGAGUGAUGCUCAUGCGAUUCCCUCAGAUCGAGAGACCGUUAAGAACAAGCCUGUUCGUAUAAAGGUGUUGGAAGCAAAUCCUGUUAGUGUCACGUCGUUCGAUGACGAUGACGAGGUAUCGGAGAGCGAGUCUGUGAAGACGGUAAUUAAUAAAUAUGAAAUUAACGAGCAAGGAAACAUGGAUACAAAUAUUAGGAAAGAGGAGAGUUCAACAGUCAGCGAAGCGCAAAAUGAGACCAAACAGUUGGACACUAAGCCUGACGACUCUGCAAUAUCUUCUUGUCUUGAAAGGUCGUGUCAAUCUUCCAAGUCGCAUAAAAGGUCACUAGAUUGCGAAUAUUUGAACGUGGCCAGUAAAAAGUCUCAUUUAAUCAAGGAAGCAGAUGCGGAAGGAGAUUCGAGCGAUCGAAAAAUAACCAGCGCACUGUCCGAGAAGUGCAGACGGCAUUUUAUGAGAGAAGCGAAGAAAUUUACGAAGAAAGAAUCACCCUUGAUCGAUAGGUGUAUAGAGAGUUUGAUAACAAAUAGAAACUCGGAGGGAAAUUGGAAGGUAAAGUGCAAUCAAGAAGAUUUCUCAAGUUUCACAGCUACGAACUCAAACUCUGAUUUCCUUUCUGGGAAAACUACGGAUAAUCCAAGUGAACAAUCUCACGUAAGAUCGAAGAAGAUUUCUGAAAAUCAAAAAAUCAUGAAAGAAUCGGAAUUGUUUAGUCGUCAGCAGUCAGGCAAUUUUUGUAUCGAGGAUCUUCCCUUAUCAGUGUCCUUGGAAUAUAGAAAAUUUUUAAAUGCUUUACUUUGUAUUUUAAUAAAAUUAGAAGUUAAACUCAAAGACGAAAUAUUGAGACAUUUCAAAAUUUCCAAUACGUUUCAAAAACAAUUUCGAGUGGAAUCAAUUUCCCAGUUAUUGAAACAAUCUAACAGCAUCGAAAAACAUUCGUCAAACAUAUGCACAGAUCUCUACCAAGAAUUUUGCAAACACGUGGAUCAAAUGAAUAGUAAAAAGAAGCUUCUAAUCGAGCCGGAUUUCAUGAAAAAUGGCGAACCGAACGAGGAAAAGAAAGAUGACGUUCUAUCGUCAAGGGAGAUCGGAGAACAGUUGAAAGAAGAACAAAUAAAACCAUUGAUCGAAGAGAUUCCCGGAAAUUCGAUAAGCACAGACGAAUUUGAGAAACACGAAGAACUAUCUGUUCAUCUGCAAGAUCUUGGAAUGGACGCAGCGUUAAAAGAUAAAAUAUUAAAAAGUAUAAACGCUCCGAAAACCGAGGAGCAAAGAGAGAGAGCAAAAAGGGCAGCUGAGAAGCUAAAGAAAAUCUCCAGAGAAGCGAUGGCAAAGGGAAAACCUUUAUUGGAACAAUCAUCCUCUGUUAACAAUCAGAAACAAUAUCCUGAAAACAGUAGGCAAUUUUUCAUGGACCUGUUAAAAGAGUUUUUCGACAACGAUGAUAAAGACGUUAAUCCCACGAAGAGUGUAGAUGAAAGAACCGAAUCAAACUCGAUUAUUGAAACAAUCACAGACAUUUCAAAGAACACUAUGGUAAAAGAAGAUAUAAAAUUAUCGUCGGUCAAUAAUGACACAAGUCGGUGUGACGAAAUUCUUGGCACAGAAAAAGAAAAUGUCCAUAGAACGAGGAAAAGUUUGGAAAUGCAGGUCGUUCAAGAAAACUGA